AUGUAAUAUAAUUAAAUCUUAAUUCUAGGCAAUAAAAAUCUUAAAAUAUUCAAUUAUGAUAUAAAAAUAAUAUUUAGAAUAAAGAAGUUGUAAGUCAUUAAAAAAUAAUAGAAGAGCAAGAUGAAUGAUAAUUAUAAGUAAACAAGAAAAUAACAUUUAAGAAUAAAAGGUAAUUAAUAUGAAGCAGAGUAAAGAUAAAACUAAUAAAAUAUUUAUUUAGAAAUAAUAGGUUGUAAUCAGAAUUUAUUUAUUAUAAAUUUGAUUUAAUAGUUCAAAAUAAAGAAUUUAAUUAAAUAUGCAUUAAUUACUAUAUUAGUAGUAGCAACCCAAUUAUUGUUCAUAAGAAAAUUAUACGUUCUUAACAUGGUAGUUUAUUAAUAUAAUUUUUUGGAAAACUUUUUAAAAAUUUUUAUAGUUGUGAAUUUGUAAAUAAUUGGACUUGUUUUGCAUAGAGCAAGUAAAAUAAAAAAUUUAAAAAACAAAUAUUCGAUUUUGCAAUAAAAACGAUAAACAAAAUAGAUCUCUUCAUUUUUUUUUAUUAAAUUUAAGAUCUUGCUAAUGAAAAUCAAAAAAAAUAAUUCACUAUUUAUUUAAAAUUAUAAAAAUUUUUUUCUAUGGUGA